CCGACUGAAAUAAAAUUCUUUCUUUAAAAAAAUUUUUAAAUUAAAGAUACCUUUCUUAAUUCUUAGUUUACCCCCAACAACCGUGUAUCACCACCGUGCCAACACGACCCACAGACAUGCCGGAGUGAGACCGGCAGUUUCCCUGUUUAAAAAGUGUUUUCAGUUUGUUGAUGUCAUAACUGGUUCAAAGUGAUAAGAUGUAAUCAUAGAGUGUAGAUUUACUUGUGUAAAAGCGCAUCGCCAGUUUCAACAUUUCUAGAAAUUUUCGAUUCGACUUUGUUGAAGUUGAUAAAAACAAUGCAGUAUUUUCUUGAGUUGUGUUAACAUUUUGUGUGGGCUUCAAUCCGUUGUGUAGGUUUGGAUUUGGAGUGCUUAUAAAAACCAGAAACAUGAUCUAUUAUUUUCCUUCCUUCAAGUGCUCAAUCAGUAGCAGCUGGUGUUGCUGGUUUAAUUGAGAAUUCCUUGUGUCGACUCCCUAAUGCCCUUUCGCCUCUCCCACAACAAUCUUCUCAAGCCAGAAGCCCUGCUUCAUCAGAAUCAGUUUUAUGCUGUAAAUGGAAUUCUUCAGUGGUAAAAUGAAAAUCUUGUGUGAUACCCUCGUGCCCUAUCCCCUCAUGCCACCUUAUUUUCACAUUUAUUACUGCCAUUUUUUGGGUAAAAAACAGUAAUCAUUUAUACUUAACCUAAUUCAUGCGAACAGCGUAAGAGAAAUUCUUCCUUCAUCGAACCCUUGAAUCUUUAGCUUCCACAACAGCAAUCACAGAUGGCUGUAGAGGCACAACAAACCGAAGAAUCAACCACAACAAGAACCUACUGGCGAUGCCGCAAGCAAGACUUCUUCCCCGAACCUUCCUUCCAAAGCUUCACUUCCUACAAGUCAGCACUCUCACAAACAUUCCCUCGCCUCAAAAAUCGCCUCUUUUCUCGCUCCACAGAUGCCAACGAGCUCAUCACUCUCCAGAAAGAAAGCCAAAAAUCACUUAACAAAUGCCUCACUUGGUGGGACUUAAUCUGGCUCAGCUUCGGCUCCGUCGUCGGCUCCGGCAUAUUCGUCAUCACCGGCCAAGAAGCUCAUGACCACGCCGGCCCCGCCAUCGUUUUAUCCUUUUUUGUUUCUGGGAUCUCGGCUUUGCUUUCUGUUUUUUGCUAUACAGAGUUUGCCGUUGAAAUUCCCGUUGCAGGUGGGUCCUUUUCAUAUCUUCGUGUUGAAUUAGGCGAUUUUAUUGCUUAUAUUGCGGCCGGGAAUAUUCUUCUAGAAGCAGUUGUUGGUGCAGCCGGAUUAGGGAGGUCUUGGUCUUCGUAUUUGGCCAGUAUGAUUGAUGCUGAUAACUCAGAUUUUUUGCGUUUUGAAGUUAAAUCUUUUACCAAAGGAUUUAACAUGUUGGACCCGGUUGCGGUUUUGGUGCUUUUGGUUGCUAAUGGGAUUGCAAUAAGCGGGACGAGGAGGACUUCGUGGUUGAAUUGGAUUAGUUCUAUUGUGACUGCUUGUGUGAUUGUGUUUGUUAUUGUUGUUGGGUUUAUUCAUGGCAGGAGUUCCAAUUUAGUGCCAUUUACACCCUUUGGGGUAAAGGGGGUUUUUGAUGCUGCAGCUGUGGUUUAUUGGUCUUAUACUGGUUUUGACAUGGUGGCAACUAUGGCUGAAGAGACUAAGCAGCCGGCCAGGGAUAUACCAAUUGGUUUGGUCGGCUCAAUGUCAGUGAUUACUGUGAUUUAUUGUUUGAUGGCUCUGGCGUUGAGCAUGAUGGUGAAGUAUACAGAAAUUGAUGUAAAUGCUGCAUACUCGGUUGCUUUUGAACAAAUUGGGAUGAAAUGGGCUAAGUAUCUGGUGAGUGUUUGUGCUCUUAAGGGAAUGACUACAAGUUUGUUGGUGGGAUCCCUUGGUCAAGCUCGAUACACGACUCAGAUUGCAAGAGCUCAUAUGAUUCCUCCCUGGUUUGCUCUGGUUCACCCCAAAACUGAAACACCUAUUUAUGCUACUUUGUUGGUAACCAUUCUUAGUGCUAUUAUUGCAUUUUUCUCUAGUUUAGAUGUUUUGUCAAGUGUUUUCUCCUUUAGUACACUCUUAAUAUUUAUGCUUGUGGCUGUUGCAUUGCUUGUGAGGCGGUAUUAUGAGCAGAGUGUUACUCCAAAGAAUGAUUUGGUUAAGUUUCUAGUGUGUUUGUUUGUUGUGAUUGCUUCUUCAAUUAGCAUAGCAGCUAUCUGGAAUUCAAAUGGGAAGGGAUGGAUUGGGUAUGUGAUAACUGCAGUGCUUUGGUUUUUUGGGACUCUAGGAAUGACAUUGCUUCCAAAGCAGCGUGUUCCAAAAGUUUGGGGGGUUCCUUUAGUUCCAUGGUUGCCAUCACUGUCAAUUGGGAUGAAUAUAUUUCUGUUGGGGUCAUUGGGUUAUGUGGCAUUUUGGAGGUUCGUCAUUUGCAGUGUUGUAAUGCUUGUGUAUUAUGUGUUGGUUGGUCUUCAUGCUACUUAUGAUGUAGCUCAGCAGAACCAGGAAGAAUCGAAACUCAACGAAGGCCUGUGAAAUUUGUCAAGGGAUGCUUCAAAACUGAAGUGGUAGCACAUUAAUGGUGGUAUAGACAUUCUUUUUAUAUUGCUAAAGAAGUAAGGAUGAUCUGUGCGAUUCUGCGCAGAUUGUUAUUAGAAUCUGUAGUUUUGAAAUGAAAUUGCAUUAGUCCAUACAUUGAUUGUUUACUUCUUGAUCUCUUAUCAAUAAUUAAUGCCUAUUCUAAUCAA